GUGCGCGGGACCCGGCAUGAGGGGCGGGGCCGGGCCGGAGGCGGGGCCGGGCCGGAGGCGGGGCCGGGCCCUGGGCUGGAGACCCGAGGGCCGAGGGCUCGGAUCCGGGAGAGAACUUGAUCCAGUCCAAAAGAACCACAAUGCAGAAAUCCUUACUUUAGUUUCCUCCAUAAAUUAUCAUCUACCCUUCUUGGACACUUUGAGGAAUGGAAAAGACUUAACAUCUUUACUUUGCCAGCAAAAUUAAUCUGUUAGAAAUAAGGACCAUGCUUAUCUUGGGAAGGAGGGAACGGAAGUGACUGGGAAGGGGCAUGCGGAGGACUUCUCAAGUGCUGAUACAGCUUUCAUAGUCCCUUUGCAUCUAUAUAUUGGUUUGUGCCCUGUUACCACCAGAUCAAGGAGAAGGAUUAAACACUUGAAGAUGAGAAAAAAUGAUCUGUGUUUGAGCUCUGAGGGGGCUGAAGUGAUUUUAGCUACAUCAAGUGAUGAAAAACACCCACCUGAAAAUAUGAUUGAUGGGAAUCCAGAAACAUUUUGGACCACAACAGGAAUGUUUCCCCAAGAGUUCAUUAUUUGUUUUCACAAACAUGUAAGGAUUGAAAGGCUUAUAAUUCAAAGUUACUUUGUAAGGACCUUGAAGAUUGAAAAGAGCACAUCUAAAGAGCCAGUUGAUUUUGAGCCAUGGAUUGAAAGAGAUCUAGUCCACACAGAGGGGCAGCUUCAAAAUGAAGAAAUUAUGGCACGAGACGGCCAUGCCACUUACUUGAGAUUCAUUAUUAUAUCAGCCUUUGAUCACUUUGCAUCUGUGCAUAGUGUUUCUGCAGAGGGAAUAACAGUCUCAAGUCUUUCUUAGUAAUUAGAACAGAAUACUCUUGCAUGAUUUUUUUAACCAUAUAUUUAUUUAAACAUGAAGUUGUCAAUUGAUAUACUUUAUUAAAGAGAUUUGUAUCAA